UCGCGCUCUUCCAAGUCUGUGCUGCUCGCAUCGGAGUCUACUGCAGCUUCUUCAAUGUGAAUAUUCUCAAUUUGCCUAUUGUCUAACUUUUCGUUGGACGACAGUUGAUUAUAAUUCUUCCUCAGCGGUCGGGAUUCUGUAACAAAACAGUGGCUGGUUUAGAAAAUCAUGGAUCCUAGUUCGCCAAAAAUUGCCGUUUUGGGCGCUGGUGUGGUAGGCUUGACAGUGGCUAGGCUGAUUCAGGAUGAACUCAGGCGCGCAAAUGUCACUGUCGUUGCUGAUACAUUCAAAGAUGAUACGCUCAGCACCAUAGCCGCCGGCAUCUUCCGGCCGGGCACCAGCUUUCGAGGCCCCAACAAAGAAACUACACAAACAUGGAUCGACGAUUCGUGGCAUUACUAUCAAAAUAUUUUAAACACGACUGAAGCAGCGAACGCCGGCAUUAUGUCGGUGUCUUCAUAUAUAUUCUCAAAGAAUAACUACCAUGUGACAAGAAAUCAUCUAAUUGAACAUUUGGUGCCCAUGUACCGACCGGUUGAUGACAAUGAACUAAAUAUUUGUGGCGAAGGUUGGAAGUACGGUUCGUACUUCUCAACGAUAAAAACAGAGUGCAGUGCACACUUGCCGUGGCUGGAACGUAUAAUACUCGAGAAAGGCGGUAAUAUAAUAAAAGGAAAAAUCGAUAACUUUGCAUCGCUGUCGAAAUUUGAUCUAGUUUUCAAUUGCACCGGAUUUGGCGCGAAAUAUUUGUGUAAAGACAACGAUUUGGUUCCGCUGCGUGGUCAAGUGAUAAAGGUCAAGGCACCGUGGCUGAAAUCAGCGUUUUAUGGAGAUUAUGAUUCUUAUAUUAUACCUGGGUUUAAUGGGAUCGCUACACUCGGUGGGACGCGGCAAUAUGACAGUUACAACACCGAUGUUUGCAAGUACGACGUGGCGGGUAUCAUGGACAGGUGCUGCGAGCUGGUGCCGGGGUUGCGCACGGCGGAGGUGCUGGCGCACCGCGUGGGGCUGCGGCCGCACCGCAUGCCGGUGCGCGUGGAGCCCGAGACCGUGGACGGCGUCAAGGUCGUCCACUGCUACGGCCACGGCGGCUACGGCGUCAUGACGGCACCUGGCACGGCUAUGCACGCAGUCCGGAUCGGACUAGACUCACUUAGAAGCGGUAGCUUUAGGAAUAAACUUUAAAUGAUUAUAGUUAAAUAUACCUACACAAAGAUUAUAGUAAAAUAAUAAUUAAAAAUUCACUACCUAAUAUAAGAGGGAUAUUAUUUUGCUUUAAAUAGUUAUCUAUUUGUACAUAACUGCAAACUGCUGUUGCUGUUUGUAAACUGCUGUUGAUGUAAUAAACAUUUUAUAAUUUUAAUGAAAUAUAGUAUAAUACAUACAUAUAUCGCAAAACACUGUGAAUUUUAAAUGUUAUUAUAUCAUGUAAAAGUUAUUUUAUUUAACAUUUUUAUAUGUACGAAAAAUUUUCCUUAGGUAUAGCAUCUUGUCUCGUUCUCCCCUACCGGUAUGUAUAAGUAUUACUUUAUCUCCAAAUCCAUUUGUUAUUUUCUGAACUUUUAAAAUUCACCUUAACAUGUAGGUACCUACCUAUCCUAAGUUGAAUGUAAAGUGGCUUGCUUGGUCGAAUAAAUAUCCAACACGGACAGCACCGUUUACAGAAGAUAAGGAGUUGAUUAAAAAAGGUGUUUCCCUCAGGGUCGGCUAGGUCUUAGGGUGCUCUAUAAAGAUGUCUAUUCAGGUAACGUGCCUCGAGUACGAAAGUCAACUAAGAAAAUCUAGAAAACACCCGUGAGACUCAAAUAUAUUACGGACGAACACCUCUAAAUAUAUGUACAGACUGUAAGACUUCCUGGUAUAUAAUAAUUAAGCUUAAUUUCAAUUUAAGUACUUACCUA